UUCCGGAUAUAACUCGCUUGAUGCCCUGCCUUGGGAGUUCCGGGGAGUUCUUGAAGCCAUGGCCAGUACAAUAAAGAGUCGAGCAAAGAACUCACGAUCUCGAACGUCUUCUCCAGCGUUAGGAAAUCAAAACAGCAAAAAGAAAAGGCCCAAUACGCCCUCCAGUGUGACAGAAGGUGACUCACCGGUUGUCACGACUGAGUUGCCCGCAAGUCCAGCAGUAACAGAAGCUGAGAGAGCACCACCACCUGUUUUCAAGGACCCUAAUUUUUUGCAUUCUACAAAAGGAGCAGCUGGCAAUAAGAAGACAAGGAUAUGGAAAAAUUUGAAACAAAUCAUUGCAGCUGAGAGGUCAUUACCAUGGAAACCUGAUGAUGCUACAUAUGGCACCAUUGAUGCUCCUCCGUCAUUUAAACCAGCUAAAAAGUAUUCUGAUUUAACAGGAUUACCGGCCAAAUACAGAGACCCUCAUACCAAGAUCCGUUAUGCCAGUCCUGAAGAGUUUGCACGGAUAAGUUACCUGCCUAGUGACAUGGUGACAGGGUAUUUAGCACUGCGAAAGGCUAACUUACCUGUGCCUUGAAGUGUGUACACGUACAUGAACAGGGGAGGUAAUUAAUGACCCAAAACUCUGCCUCAAAGCCUGCAGUAUUUUUGCCAGUCUAAAACCAAAUACUGCAUUCUUCCAUGAGGUGACACCAGACCACUGUGUUGUGUCAAGGGAAGACAACUCUUCUGUGGUGAUGUAGGUGUGUUGAACAGGUGAAACCAUUGUGUUGUUGAUUCAUCGAUUUCCUGGGAGCAGCAUGGUGUGAAGGGAAUUUCUGUGGAAAUUCCAUGUCUUUGAUAUGUUUCUUCAAGUUACAUGUACAUCUG